AACCUUGGUGGAAAGCUGAGCGCGGGUCCCGUUUGGGGAAAGCUGAACGCGGGUCCCCGCUCGGGAAACGCUCGGCGCGGGUCCCCUUAGUGGAACGCUCGGCGCGGGUCCCCGUUCGGGGAACGCUUCGGCGCGGCCGGGAGCGCGGCCACAUGCCGCAGCGUGAGUGGGGGGCAGCCAGGCUCGGCCGCGGCGGGUCCCCGCGAGGAUGGGGACCCCGUGGCGCGUGUGGGUCCGGGCGUGCGCGUGGCGCCUGAGGCGCGCGGGGCUCCGCGAGGAGCUGUUCUGCACCGCGUCGGGGCCCGCGGGGGGCGCGCGCCGGGACCGGCUCUGUUGGCUACUGGUGGGCGCUUUCCCCAGACUCCUCUGGGCCCCCGGGGAGCCCGCGGACGGGGGUCCCGGGCGGCCGGGCCCGCAGAGCUGGAGCGAGUUGGCCGGGCGGGGGCCGUCGGGGCGCGGCUCCCUCGAGCCGUGGCCCGGUUCGCUGCUGCGGUACCUCCGGAUCGGGCUGCGGGCCGCCAGCCUCCUGCUGAGGUUCUUCCCGCUCCUCGCCCUCUACCCCCUCACCUACCUGGCGCCCGGCGCCACGGGCCUCUGGCUGCAUCUGCUCCUCAAGGCCACGGAGGCCGCGGGCCCCACCUACAUCAAACUGGGCCAGUGGGCCAGCACGCGGCGGGACGUGUUCUCCGAGGCCUUCUGCGCGCGCUUCUCCAAGCUGCACGUGCGCGUCACCCCGCACCCCUGGGCGCACACCGAGCUCUUCCUGCGCCAGGCCUUCGGGGACGACUGGGGGAAGGUGCUCCGCUUCUCCCAGCGGGAGCCCGUGGGCUCGGGCUGCGUGGCUCAGGUGUACAAGGCGCACGCGGACCCCGGCUUCCUGGAGCAGAAACUCCCUGGCCGCAGCCCCUGGGGCCCGGUGGGAAGCCUGGCCGACCAAUCGUUGAUAGAAAGACUGCUCCUGCCCCGGACUGCGCCGCUGCUCCCACCCAAUGCAGUUCCGGCUCAGCCCCCGGAGCCCGUCCACCAGCCUGAGCAAGCCCACCUCAUCCCGGUGGCAGUGAAAGUGUUGCACCCGGGCCUGAUCUCUCAGGUGCAGAUGGACCUGCAGCUGAUGAAGAUGGGCAGCCGAGUGCUGGGCCUUCUGCCGGGAGUCCAGUGGCUCAGCUUGCCUGAGAUCGUGGAGGAGUUCGAGAAGCUCAUGGUCCAGCAGAUUGACCUGCGGUAUGAGGCUCGGAAUCUCGAACAUUUCCAGUGCAACUUCCUGAACGUGAAUUCCGUCAAGUUCCCCACCCCUCUGCGGCCCUUUGUCACCAGGGAGGUCUUGGUGGAGACUUAUGAGGAGAGCGUGCCCGUGUCCAGCUUCCAGCAGGCCGGGACUCCGGUGCCCGUGAAGAGGAAGAUUGCACGACUUGGCAUCAACAUGCUGCUGAAGAUGAUAUUUGUGGACAACUUCGUCCACGCCGACCUCCACCCGGGGAACAUCCUGGUGCAGGGCGCCGAGGGCUCUCCCGAGGGCCAGGGGUCCCCGCUGCCACCUGCCGCCGCCCCCCACCCACUGCGCCUCGUGCUGCUGGAUGCGGGCAUUGUGGCCGAGCUGCAGGCUGCUGACCUGAGCAACUUCCGGGCCGUCUUCACGGCCGUGGCCUUGGGCCAGGGUCAGAGGGUGGCCGAGCUCAUCCUGCACCAUGCCCGGGCCAGCGAGUGCAGGGACGUGGAGGCCUUCAAGGCGGAGAUGGCCAGGCUGGUGGCGCAGGCCCGGGAGAAGACCAUCACCCUGGAGAAGCUCCAAGUCUCCAGCCUCCUGUCCAGUGUCUUUAAGCUGCUGAUGACUCACAAGGUGAAGCUUGAGAGCAAUUUUGCCUCCAUCGUGUUUGCCAUCAUGGUGCUGGAGGGGCUUGGCCGCUCACUGGACCCCAAGCUGGACAUUCUGGAUGCCGCCAAACCCUUCCUGUUGAAAGGACUGGCCGCCGCCCCCUGACCGGAACCCUGGGCCGCACUCUCAGCUGGACCGCUUGCAAACAGGGGCGUAUGUCGGGCGUCCUGUGCUUUUCCCUGGAC